AUGAGUUCUCCAACGGAACAAGAAAUAACAACGGAGCUUAUACCUCUUCGAGGACACUUACGAUUAAUUUCACGUGAUGCAAAUGAUCCCGUGAUGUUAUAUGUUAAUAGCACCAGUGCCGAUGAUUCUGAUGCAACAACAGAACAUGUGGAAGAUAGUGAUAAGAAAGAAGUUAUCAGUACAUCAUUGGCAUGCGCUCAUUCGCUUUACAUUCGUCAUUUAGUGAUGAAAAGCGGAGUAACUUCUCCUGUGAUCAAUUGUUCAGCUUUACCGUUUCACUGGCAUACUAUACAAGCAACAAUACAGUUUAUUCGUUCAGGAUCACUUCAAAUUAAUACUUCGGCAUUACAUGAUAUGAUGCAGUGCGCAUUAUUCUUCCGCAUUGCUGAAUUAAGCCGUGUGGUAGAAUCCUUCUUACGCAAACGUUCAACGCAGCCUGAAACUGCUUUGGAUACAUUCAAAACAAUUUUUCAUCUAAUGACAUGUAAUGAAUUGUAUUGGUUGCUUUUACACGAUUCGAGACGCAUGCGUCAUUAUCCGCAAGAAUAUGAAAGUGCCGCUUUUCAACGCUUUCAAAUAAUCUUACGUUGGAUUCACUUUCAAGAACGUCAAUAUCGAAUGAGUACUGAAUCUAAUAAUCAAAACAUUCAAUCCAUGUUUGCUCGCGCUAUUAGAUUAUUUAAAUGUGUAAAUUUUCAACAUAUAAGACCUGAAACACGUCGACAAAUUGCACAAUAUAUACGUGAGGUCAGCCUUACUUAUUACGUGAAAUUGAUGCAAAAAUGUGUCAUUACUAUCAUUAUUAUCUUCUUUUUCAUUAAUGUAAUGGAUGCACCUUUUUUACCUCAGGUAAUGGAUGCACCUUUUUUACCUCAGGUAAUAAAUGCACUUUUAGGUAAGAAACUAAACAUAUACAAUUUUAUAAAUUAAAA